AUGCCUCGUUCAAGUCGAUCUGGCGGCUCGCGCCCUGCACCUUCGCGCUCGGCACCUUCGGGUAACCGUGGUGCACACACCAUGGCUGCGCCACCCCAGCAGCACCAACAACAUCCUCAGGCCUACUCGCAGCAGCCGCCCGCCAUGGCCCAGCAGCAGUCGCGUGGCCCCGGUCUCUUCGGUCAGAUGGCUUCCACCGCCGCCGGUGUCGCUGUUGGCUCCACAAUGGGUCACGGUCUGUCCAACAUGCUCUUCGGUGGUGGAUCCGCCCCGGCCGAGCAGGCGCAGCAGGCCGAGCCCCAGGCGUACCAGCAGGGCGCCUACCAGGGCCAGCAGCAAGGCGUUGGCAUGAGCUGCGAGGCUCAGAGCAAGGACUUCAUCAAGUGCCUCGAGAGCACCAACGACAUGAACUCGUGCUCGUACUACCUCGAACAGCUCAAGGCUUGCCAGGCUGCCGCUCGUCCCUACUAA